CAUCCCGCUGGAAUAGUUGCUACCAGCUAGCCAGGGAGCUGGUGUCUUGGUGGGAGCUGGUCUUGGAGUGGAGCCAGAAGGCUUGGUAUGGAAAGACUGACAACUACGGGACCACCUGGCCGCCCUCACCAGGGGGAGGCCUCUGCUUGCUGGCGGCUCACUGUGAGGGUUCUGGAGGCACGGAACCUGGGCUGGACUGACCUGUUGAGUGAGGCAGACCCCUAUGUGACCCUACAGCUGUCCACCGUCCCUGGAACAAAGUUUAAGACCAAAACAAUCAUGAACUCCAGUCAUCCUGUGUGGAAUGAGACCUUCAGUUUCCUAAUCCAGAGUCAGGUCAAGAAUGUCCUGGAGCUAAACGUCUAUGAUGAGGACUCAGUCACGGAAGAUGAUGCCUGCUUCAAGUUUCUCUAUGACGUCUCAGAAGUCCUCCCUGGCGAGCUGCUCCGGAAGACCUUCUCCCUGCAACCCCAGGGACAGGAGGAGCUGGACGUGGAGUUCCUGCUGGAAAAAACGUCAGACUGUCCAGAAAACCUCAUCACCAACAACGUCCUUGUGGCCCGAGAGCUGUCAUGCCUGGAUGUCCAUCUGGACCACAUGGAGAGCACAGCCACCAUCACAGAUCAGGCCUGGCUGGAGCUGGAGCUCGUGCUGACGGGGUCCUAUGAAAACACACAGACAUCUGCGCUGGGUCCAGCCUCUGCCUUCCGCUUCCAUUACAUGGCAGCCCAAGACGCAGAGCUGAGUGCACGUCUGAGGAGCUCUGAAAGCAAUGGCUGGAAUUCCGACAAGACAGCUGGGCACCUCACUGUGCCCCUGAGGUCACUGGCCAUGGGAAAGGAGGUGACGAUUAACAUUCCUGCUACAAAUACCCCAGGAGUGAGGCUGCAGAUCAAGGCUGAGAGCUGCCCUAAGGAGCUGGCUGUGCGCCUGGGCUUUGAUCUGUGCGCAGAGGAGCAGGCCUUCCUGAGCAGGAGGAAACAGGUGGUCGCCAAGGCUCUCAAGCAGGCCCUGCAGCUGGACAGAGACCUACAGGAGGAUGAGGUCCCCGUGGUGGGCAUCAUGGCCACAGGAGGAGGUGCCCGGGCCAUGACCUCUCUCUACGGCCACCUGUUGGCCCUGCAGAAGCUGGGCCUCCUGGACUGUGUGACCUACUUCAGCGGCAUCUCAGGCUCUACAUGGACAAUGGCCCACCUCUACGGGGACCCUGAGUGGUCACAGAAGGACCUCGAAGGACCCAUCAAAUAUGCCAGGGAACACCUGACCAAGAGCAAGAUGGAGGCCUUCUCCCCAGAGCACCUAGCGAGCUACCAUCAGGAGCUGGAACUGCGGGCGGAGCAGGGCCACCCCACGACUUUUGUGGACCUGUGGGCUCUCGUGCUGGAGUCCAUGCUGCACGGCCAGGUGAUGGAUCAGAAGCUGUCGGAACAGAGAGCAGCACUGGAACAGGGCCAGAACCCUCUGCCCCUCUACUUGAGCCUCAAUGUCAAAGAGAACAAUCUGGAGACCCUCGACUUCAAGGAGUGGGUGGAGUUUUCCCCCUAUGAGGUCGGGUUCCUGAAGUAUGGAGCCUUCGUCCCUACCGAGCUCUUCGGCUCCGAGUUCUUCAUGGGGAGGCUGAUGAGGAGGCUCCCUGAGUCCCGGAUCUGCUUUCUGGAAGGUAUCUGGAGCAACAUUUUCUCCCUGAACUUGCUGGAUGUCUGGUAUGGCCUCAUCAGCUCUGAUGACACCCGGAAGCAGCACAUCAAGGACAAGAUCAGGAGCCUGGAGGAGUCUCCUGCCUCCUUGAAGACCUCCUCAUGGUUGGAGGCCUCAUGGCUGCAACCCGGGACAGCACUGGCCAGGGCGUUUAAGGGCUUGCUGACGGACAGGCCGCUCCACCAGCACAGCUGCAACUUCCUCCGGGGCCUCCAGCUGCACCAGGACUACUGUAGCCAGAAAGACUUCUCCACCUGGGCAGACUGCCAGCCAGACUCCACUGCUAGCCAGCUGACUCCUCAGGAGCCCCAGCUCUGCCUGGUAGAUGCCGGCUAUUUCCUCAACACCAGCUGUCCCUCCAUGUUCCGGUCAGGCCGCAGGCUGGACCUCAUACUUGCCUUCGACUACUCCCUACCCUCGCCCUUUGAGGCACUGAAGCAGACUGAGGUGUACUGCCGGGCCCGAGGACUGCCAUUCCCUCGAGUGGAGCCCAGCCCUCAGGACCAACGCCAGCCAACAGAGUGCCACCUCUUCUCAGACCCCUCCUGCUCCGAUGCCCCAGUCCUGCUGCACUUCCCACUGGUCAACGCCUCCUUCAGGGACCACUCAGCCCCUGGUGUCCGGCGCAGCCCUGCAGAGCUCCCAGCUGGCCAGGUGGAUCUCACUGGGGCCACCUCCCCCUACUCCCUGUUCAACAUGACCUACAAGGAGGAAGACUUUGAUCGUCUGCUGCAGCUUAGUGACUAUAACGUACGGAACAGCCAGGGCGCCAUUCUGCAGGCCUUGAGGACUGCCGUGAAGCACCGGGCCCUGGGGGCCAGGCCUCCAGCAGCACUGAUUUGAGGCUACUCAGGGACCCCAACCCUCUGACAACCCUCCAGGGGCUGGGGGCUUAACCCAAGCACAGCUGGGUACGGCCACAGCCCUCGCUGGGCUGUCCAGGCCUGGGCCUCCUCUGCAGUGGGUCUCACGGCCCCCAAGUUCUCCCUCACCUUCAUCGCUGGGUGGGGAGGAGCUGAAAGUACACUCCUCCCCAGACCAGUGUGCAACAUAGCGGGUCCGACCAGACAGAUGUCCACAUGUCAUGACUUUCGUGCCCGGCGGAACGGAUUGGGGUACAUGCUGCAUGUAUCAGACCAGGAGUGGGGACAGGCAGGGCAGGCCUGACUGAGAGGUGGCUCCGGGCAGCAGGAGUCACACUGUGUCCUGAGAGUCUCCUCUUCGUCCCUUCCUCCUCUUUCUCACUCUUCUUUUAUACUGUCUUUAAGCAACUUUAGUGACAUAUAAUCCACAUACCACGUAAUUCAUCCUUCUAGAGAGCAUGACUCGAUGGCUUUUACUAUGUAUUCAGAGUCGUGCAAACCUCCCCACGGUCAUUUUGAGAAGAUUUGCAUCACCCCAAAAAGAAACCCCUCACCCCUUAGCUGUCAACCUCAACCCUCCAUCCCCAGCCCUAGGCAACCACUAAUCUACUUCCUGUUUCUAUGGACUUGCUUAUUGCGGACAUUUCCUAUACAUGGAAUCACACAAUAUGUGGCCUUCUGUGUCUGGCUUCCUUGACUCAGCAUGAUGCGCUCAAGGUCAUCUACAUGGUAGCGGGCAUCAGUGCCUCAUCCCUCUAUGGCUGAAUAAAAUUCCCACACUUUACCUGAUGGUCAUUGGGUAAUGGACACUUGGGUUGUUUCCGCUCUUCAGCUGUUCCGAAUAACGUUGCUAUGAACAAUCACGUACAAAUCUGUAUGUGGAACAUGUUUUUCACUCCUUUGCAUGUCUACCAGGAAUGCACUUGCUGGAUUAUAAUGUAAUUCUCUGCUUCACCUUUUGAGGACCUGCCAGCCCAUUUUCCAAAGCUGCUGCUCCGUUUUCCAUUCUUGUCGGCCUUGUACCAGGGCUCCAUUUUCUCCACAUCUUUGCCCACACCUGUUACUGUCUGUCUUUUGAUUUCAAUCAUCAGAGUGGGUGUAAAGUGGUAUCUUAUCGGCAUUCCCUAAUAACUAAUGAUCUUAGGGACCUUUUCACAUACUUUAGGCCUUUUGUAGAUCUUCUUUAGAGAAAUGUCUAUUCAGAUCUUUUGCCCAUUUUCAUUGGAUUAUGUGUCUUUUUUAUUAUUGUUAAGGUUCUUUAUAUUUUCUACAUACAAAUCCCUGAUCCAAUGUAUGAUUUGCAGUUUUUUGCCUAAUCUGUGGGUUGCCUUUUCACUUUCCUGAUGAUACCAUGCUUUGAAGCACAGAAGCUUUCUUAUUUUGAUGGUUCCAUUUAUAUUUUCUUUUGCUACUUGUGCUUUUGGUGUCAUGUUUAAAAAACCAUUGUCUAAUCCAAUGUCAUGAAGAUUUACACCUGUUUUCUUCUAAUAGUUUUAUGGCUUUAGCCCUUACCAUUAGGUCUUUGAUCUAUUUUGAAUAAACUCUUGUAUACGGUGUGA